AUGCUCUACUUUGCACCAAAUUCGAACCAAGACUCUCCAAAUCCCGUGCAGGUAGACAAGGAAAAGGAAUGGCAGGAUUUGAAUCGUUAUCAAGACGUAUUCGGCCAGCUGCCAAUGCUUCAGGCAUAUAGCCAUAUCAUUCUGACUUUCUCCAUGCCGCAGAACGUCUCGCAGGAGGAAAUCAUCAAAGAUAUCGAAAAUGCAAUGAGAAAAGUCGAAGAAAAGGUUCCGUGGAUGGCGGCCCAGAUCGUCAAUGUAGGCAAAGCACCAGGGUAUUCGGGCGUUAAUAAAUACGCCCCCUGCCCUCCUGCAGAACGUCCAGUCGUCGUCAAGGAUGUCUCAGACGCAUUCCCAACAUAUGCAGAGGUAAAACGCUUGAAGGCUCCAAUUAAUAUGUUAGAUUCAGCAUUUCUCUCCCCCUGCUCAUCAUUCCCGCAACCAUUUCACGGAUCCGAGGAGGAUCCAGCUCGAGUUAUUCGGCUGCAGGUUAGCUUUAUCAACGGAGGAAUAUUUUUGAAUUUCGUUCUUCACCACGCCACGGGUGACGCGGGUGGUCAUUUCUGGUUGGCACGCAUGAUCGCCAUGGCAAUGCGAGGAGAAGAAUUCCCAGAGUCUUUCCUGGAAGAAGCCAAUAGAGACCGCAGAAAGCUUUUCCCUCUCCUUGGUCCGGAUGAGCCGAUGCUAGAUCAUAGCCAUCUCCUCCGUCCCCCAAUCACAGCAGAUAAUCCAAUAGUAACCCCAACUACAACAACCUGGCACUUCUUCCGCCUCACCGCAGCAAAAAUGGCCAAAUUAAAGGAUCUUGCUAGCCAGAAAGAAGGCUUUGAGCCCGGUGUUCCAUAUAUUACGACAGAUGAUGCAAUUAGUGCCUUCUGUUGGCAACGAUUUAUCACUGCCCGUCUUCCACGUCUUGAUCUUAAUACGGUUGCUAAGUUUUCUCGCACGAUCGACGGCCGAAAGUCACUGGGCAUUUCAUCCAAUUAUUUGGGCGACGUGAUUCAUAAUGUGCAGACACACGUUUCUGUCAAGGAUCUGACUGAGAAGCCCCUUUCGACGAUUGCAUCGCGUAUGCGUAAGCGCUUGAACGAGGUCAGCAACGCCUACCAUGUGCGCAGUUUCGCAUCAUUUAUUAUGAGCCAACCGGAUAAGUCUACCAUUACCUACGGUGGUCGUGUCAAUACAGAAACAGACAUUGGUUCAUCUUCAGUUCGUGCUGCAGAGCUGUACUUUGAUUUUGGAAAGCUGGGCAGACCGGAUUUCGUCAGACGGCCGUGCCUCAAAGGCGUGUCGUGCCCAGGGCUUCUAGCCUUUUUACCCCAGAAUCCAGAUGGCGAUUGUGACUUUAUUGCGGCAUUGACCGAAGCAGAUGUCGCGGUCUUGAAUAAAGACCCAGUUUGGACGAGUUAUGUUGAAUAUAUUGGUUGA